AAAACUCAUGACAGUUUCAUCAGAUUUUUUGUUGUUGCCGGCUAAUUUUAUUUUAUUUGAAUUUUCCAAAGAUUAACGAAUAAAAAUGUCUUUGGCUGAUGAAUUGUUGGCCGAUUUGGAGGAUGACGAAGUUUUUGACGAUGAUGACCAAUCCAAUCUGGAAUCGAUGGAAAUUGUCCCAAAUGAAUCGAACCUGGAAUCAACACAAAAACAAUAUGCAUCUGUUCGUUCGUUGACGAAAAUCAUUGGAAGUGAUGAACUUGGACGAAUCAUCGCCGAAAUCAAUGGACGGCAAUCCAACGAUGUAACAUUCAACAAAUGUCAGAUUGAUGGUCCUAUUGAAUCGCACCCCGAAUAUAAAUUGGUUGUGGAUGCCAAUAAUAUGGCCGUACAAAUAGACAAUGAUAUCAAUAUUUGCCAUAAAUUUGUUCGCGAUAAAUAUGCCAAACGUUUUCCCGAAUUGGAAUCAUUAGUGCCCAAUCCUAUGGACUAUUUGAUGACAGUGAAGGAAUUGGCAAACAAUUUGGACAAAGUUAAAAACAAUGAAAAACUUCAACAAUUCCUCACACAAGCCACUAUUAUGGUGGUCAGUGUGACAGCCUCCACUACUCAAGGUUCGAUGAUGUCCGACGAGGAAUUGAACUAUAUCAUGGAUGCCUGCGAUGUUGCUAUCGAAUUGAAUGAAUGCAAAAUGUUGAUUUAUAAAUUUGUCGAAUCGAGAAUGACUUUCAUUGCUCCGAAUCUGACUGUUAUUAUCGGUGCUUCCAUUGCUGCCAAGCUAAUCGGUUUGGCCGGUGGAUUGACUAGUUUAUCGAAAAUGCCUUCAUGUAACCUGAAAUCAUUGGGAUCUACGCGUAAAACAUUAUCCGGAUUCUCCACCACUGCUAUAAUGCCGCAUACUGGACUGGUGUUUCAAUCAGAAAUCGUUCAAAAUUCCCCACCUGAUUUACGUAAAAAAGCUGCCACAUUGGUGGCAAACAAAUCAACAUUAGCUGCACGUGCUGAUGCUGUUCAUUCCUAUCCAGAUGGAUCAAUGGGCGAUAAAUUUCGCGAAGAAAUCGAACGAGCAUUGGAUAAACUCCAAGAACCACCACCAGUCAAACAAGUCAAACCUUUGCCAGCACCAAUCGAUACGCCGAAGAAAAAACGCGGUGGUAAACGUGUUCGUAAGCUGAAAGAACGUCUUGUCAUAACCGAUUUACGAAAACAAGCUAACCGAUUAAACUUUGCCGAAAUCGAAGAUGAUGCCUAUCAAAAUGAUCUGGGAUUCACCACCGGUCAAAUGGGCAAAUCUGGCAGUGGUCGCAUUCGUGGACCACAAAUCGAUGAAAAAACCAAGGUUCGAAUAUCGAAGACAUUGCAAAAAAAUCUUCAACGCCAUCAACAGGUAUUUGGUGGAACUACUACCGUUCGCAAACAGGUAUCCGGAACAGCAUCCACCAUAGCAUUCACACCCAAACAAGGUCUAGAAAUCAAUAAUCCAUUGGCAGCCGAAAAGAAAGUGAACGAAGCAAAUGCCAAAUAUUUCAGCAAUUCCAGUGGAUUUUUCAGUGUUAAACCAAAAAUAUGAAUUUCAAUUUUAAUAGCAAUCAAAAGAAAUAAUAAAAACUGAACAUAGUUUUUAAA